GUCAAUAUCAGCUUCGCCACACAGUCAAUUCAUCAACUCGCGUCAUGGCGAAGGAAGAUCUGGAGCAUGCCAUCGGCAUGGCGCGGCGGCUGCAGCAGGUCCUCCCCGGCUUCCACGGCACCAGCAGAAUGCACGUCACCACACUCUCACAGCUGCAGGAUGCUGCCGAGGCCCUCCAGCGGCGCACACCGCCGCCCACUCUCCAAUACGGCGAGGAUCUGCCCGCCCUCCUCCGCACACCGCCCGCAGAGUAUGUCGAGCGACACAUCCGCGGCCUAGAUCUGGCUAAUCUGGUGGCUCCCAAGGUUGUGGAGGAGAGAGAAGCGGCGGCGGUGGUCGGGCGUGCGAGUGGGCUGCCGUCGACCAACCUGCUGGCCCAUCUGCAGAGUCACCACGACGCGCUGCUGCUGAAGCAGUAUGAGGAGGCCAACAAGGAGGCGUGGAAUCGGCAUGCGGCUGCGUCGCACCAGAAGAUGAUGGACGAGUGGCAGCGGGAGAGGGAGGCCAUCAAGCAGCGGCUGGGGCUGCCCAGGGACCAGCAGCAGGGAGCUUUCAUGGAAUCGGCCGAUGCCGCAAGCCUCUUCGGGUAAGGCGAAUCUAUGUAUGAUGCAUGUGUUCGUGUCACCUGUGUUGAUGUGCAUGGGCCUGCUGUGUGUGUGCGCAGCGGUCCCCCGUCCGCCCGUCUUCGCCAGCGAUCCUCCCCCCCUCUGGAGCGGCAGCGGCUCAUCUGCGCCCCCGACCGCCAAGUCAUCGAGACCCUCCUCUCUCCCCGCGACCACCCCUACGCCAAAUUCGGCAGGAUCCGAAGCAUCACGCGAGAUGCUCUCGGGAAACCCCCCGACGCGCAGCAGGGCAUCAGCGAUGCCGCGCUGAUCCGCGACGUGGAUGAGUGCUUCGACAUCCUGGACCACGAACUGCAUGCCGGCAAGCGGAGCCUGCUGGGCGGCGAGGCGAGCCAUGACGAGUGCGUCAAGGCGAUGGUGUGCGGGUCGAUCAACUACCUGGAGGACCAGUUCCGCCAGGCCAUGCGCAAGACCAUCUCAGACAGACCGAGAGAGGCCAUGUGGGGCGGGCGGGAGGAUCCGUGGGAGUUCAUCAAGGUGGGUAUGGGGUGGGGGGCACAGAGGGCAGGGCAGGCAACCUUGGGGGACGACUUGCUGUGGACACCUGUGUGGGCGCACGUGUGUGUGUGUGUGUGUGUGUGCGUAGGCGUAUGGCCGCACAGUGCGGGGUGACGUUUCCUUCCCCAGCCGGUCUGACGACUACUGGCUCGCCGCCUACUGCGCAGCCAGGGCUGGGUUUGUGCAGGUAGAGAGAGAGGGGGACGCCAUGCAUGUGUCUGUUCACACCGACUUGAUCCAUGCCAUUUGUGUGUGCAGUUGCUGUAUGACAUGCCGUCUCUGGUCCACGGGAGGCCCGACUACUUCGAGGUGGUCUGUGCCUUCUUCGCCGCCACGCUCGACACCGCCACGGGCACACUUGACCUGCCACAGCCGGGAGAAGGUACGCACGCCAGGCCAGGCCAACACAGAGAGAGACAAGCAACACAACACAAGACACGACCCCAGCAAAUUGUCUGUCUGUCUGUCUGUGUCCACUGUGGGUGCAGAGCCGUUCUGGGGUCAGUAUGGCGACCAUCCAUGGCGGGCCAAGAGCCGCGAAAAGGCUGAAUGUAGGCAGCAGAACACAAUCGCGGUCAACCACACAGACAGACACAGAGGAGUGUGUGUGUAUGCCUGUGUGCCCGUGUGUGUGUGUGUGUGUGUGUCAGCUCGCCGCUACCAGGACGCUAAGCGCCACGCCGAGCUGGCCAUUGAGGGCCGGGGAGGGGAGGGGCACUCGCACGAGCAGCGGCUGCUCACCGCCAUAUCCUCAGCGGGACUCACAUUCUCAUUCGCCAACUGGGAGCAGGUCGGCACGCACCUCCACCGCCCACCCAUCCAUUCAUCCAUCCAUCCAUCCAUUUGUCCAUGGUCCAUUCCUUCCCCACUCCUCUGUGCGUGUGUGUCAGGGGACGGCGACCGACUGGAUCUGGUAUCAGCUGCACAAGUCCAUCCGCAGCCAGCGAUUCCUCGACAAGCUGGCCGACACGGGGGCCAAGGUGGCCAAGCUGCCGGCCCACCACUUCAGCGGAGAGCAGCAGGCACCUCCACCACCACCCCCGCCACCGUCUGCAGCACAGAUGGGCAUGGGCAUGGGCAUGGGAGGGCCGCAGUACGGCUACGGCUACGGCUACGGCAGCUACUAUGACCAGCCAUACCAGCCGUAUGAUGCCAACGGAUACGGUGCGCCAAAUGACAUAGAGAGAGACACCAUCACACUCAAUUGCUGUGCUCAUUUGCCCACGUGUGAGGUGUGCAUGGUCAGGUGGUGGUUACUAUGGUGGCAGGCCGGCUGCAGCAGCAGCAGCAGCUGGGGUGGGUCAAGGUCUGUUCGGGUCUGGUGCGCAGCCGAGGGCGGCGGGGGGCGGUCGGGUGGCCCCCCUGGCCUACGCCAAGGCGCUGCUCAUGACGCUACGCAUCACUGACGCACUCACAUGGAUGCGCGACGAAUCAAAACAACUCAAGGUGGGUGCCGUGCGAUUGCCUCACUCAGCAGUGAGUGAAUGCAGAAAUGGGAUGCCAUGCCAUGCCUCACCAUGUGUGUGUUGAUGUCCUAUCUAUGGUAUGGUAUGUAUGUCAGCAUGCGGUGCUGUACAUGGCGUUGAGCCUGUCCCCCUACCAUCUGCUGAGCGGCAGCGGCCCUCUGCGGGCGGUGGAGGGCGACCGCACACUCGUCCUCGGCGACUUCCUCAUCGACGAGAUACAGCACUACGACGCACGGGCACAACUCAACUUCAUCCAGGUAAGCCAAGCCUCCACACACGCCCCAUCCCCCCUCCACACACGUCGUUUGGUGUGGAUGCAUCGCAUCAGGUGCUGGACCCCGAGACGAGGAAGGCCCACAUGCGCACCCUGCUGACCGAGUCGCUUCGCUCAGCGGAGGGAACAACCACAGCUGCAGACCUGUUCGGCGAGGUGGAUGAGGAGGGCAGGUUCGUCCAGGGGGCGCUGGUGGAGGCUGUGGUGCCGCCCAGGGCCGAUGCGGGAUGGACCGUGGUGCAGCGGGGCGGACGGGAGGGGCAGGGGGAGGGGGAGCCAUCCGCCACGACCAGCCUGCUGUCUGCCCAGGAGUUUGAGGAGCUGUGCUUGACGGCCGCAGCUGAGUUCCAGGCACAGGUGGGGCUUGGGUGCAGAAGAGAGGCAGCACAAUACGGGGUGGGUGUGAUUGGACUGUUCCGUUGUGUAUGUGUGUGGAUUGGAUGGCCACAGGGGAUGUAUUCUGUGUCGAUGAAGCUGCUGCACGUGUGCGGCCGGCACAACGAGGUGGUUCCCCUGCUGCGCGAGGCAUAUCGUCAGGACGACCUGUGGAGCCUCCGCACCGCCGGCAACCCCGGCUACCGACCCAUGGGCAUCACCACCACUGGCACCACCGCCGCACCGCCACCUGCAUCUGAGAUCCUGGCGGCCAGGGCCAUGGAAGCGGCGGAGAUCGACAAAUUCUACCGCAUAUACAGCAACAAGAGGGCCGAAUACCACGUGCGUGAGCAAACAACGGGGGAGAAGGGAACCCAUACGCACACACACACACACAGACAUGCAUUCAUGUGGGUGUAAUGUGGUGUGUCCUGCUCGUUGUGUAUCUAACAGAUAGUCGAGUCUCUGUGGGAGACGGUGGUGCACAGCAGGAAGGUGCGCGAGGCGCUGGUCAUGGCGCACGAGAACUCCGACGUCGGCCAGGCGACGGACUUCAUCUGCAACACAGGGUGGGUGGGUGAGGAAGACCGACCAACCGACCCAACAGCCACCCUUAUCGCCAUUGAGUGCUUGUGUUCAUGUGUGGUGUCUGCGUGUAUGUGGAUUUGUCGUCAGUUUGGUUCCCCACAGCGCCGACACGAUGGGGUAUUACGACGACCUGAGCGACGUCUACCCCCGGCUGCUGGAGACAUACGCCAGACUGAUCAGCACACUCUCAGACGCGGUACUAUGAGCGGGACAGACAGGCUGCUGAUGCACCGGGAAAGCCAUCUGCUGAUCUGCACGUGGGUGUGCCGUGGUGUGUGUGUGUGUGUGUGUGUGUGUGUAGGGUUAUGGUGGUGCGAUCCAGUGUCUGGAGGCUUUGACGAAGUUCCUUUACAUGCAUGGCGACAAGCUGGCCUACACGAGCAGGAGCCACCCACACCUCUGGCGGCUGAGGCGACCGGCCUGAUAGACGUAGGUAGAGCCAUCCAUCUAUCUAGCAACGCAGAGGGACGGAGGGAGACGUAGCAACUGAAUAGAUUGACGAGUGCAUACACGCCUGAUCGACUCAAAGAAGGAGGGC